GCCGGGGCGAACGACGUGGAGGGUGGAUCUGGUGUACUAGUGGAAGGAAGAGAGCACGGACCACGGAAGAAAUCAGACUGGGUCCAGACUGCAGCUCCAGACUGGCCGCCGAAGGUCAGCGGUGACCAGGGCGUCGAUAGCGCUCGGUGACGGCGGUCACCAGCACCGCUCGGUGACACGGCUCGGCGGCGGCGCCCGCCCUAUCGGGUCGGCCGGACGCGCUGCAGUGACCGUCGCUGGCCCCCCGCGCCGUCAGAUUCCUCCCGCACCGAGCCCGACCAGCAGCGAGACGCCGCGACCCGGCCUGACCCGGCCUCCGACCCCCGCGCAGCACCACUGACCGAUAUAGCAGCGACGGGACGCAGCUCAGCAGAUUGACUGCUGCUUUUCACCUGCGUGUAAAUCCAAGCUUUGGCCGGAGAGUGGGAUUGUCCCCGUAACCAUUUCAAGCUAACUGCGGCCCGGGCUGAACUAUGGACGUGGACAGCCAAUCUGUGACGGAGAUGUCGGCCAACGUAACCAUGGCAACGGUCAGCAACGUCACAACUAAGGCACCCCUGCCCGACUUGAACGAAAUGAACAGGUUCUCCCCCUCGCUGAUGACGCUGACGGCAGUGCUCAUCGCCACCUUCAUGGUCGUGGGUCUGUUCGGCAACGCCAUCACGAUCGUGGCUCUGCUGAGGUGCCCCAGGGUGCGGAACGUCACAGCCGCCUUCAUCUGCAGCCUGUGCGUGGCCGACUUCUCGUUCUGCCUGCUCGUGCUGCCAUUCGAGGUGUCGCGCUUCGCUAACGGCCAGUGGCUGUUUGGCGACGGUUUCAUCUGCGUGCUGUUCCCUCUACUGCGCUACUGGAACGUGGGCUGCUCGCUGCUAUCAAUCGCCAUGAUAACCAUCAACAGGUUCGUGAUGAUCGCCUUCAACAACGUGUACAACAAGAUCUACGAGCGGCGCUGGGUGGUGGUGCAGAUCCUCUUCAUCUGGGGCUACAGCUUCGGCAUGCUGGUGCCGACCCUGGCCGGACAGUGGGGUCGGUUCGGCUACCACCCUCUUCUGAUGACGUGCACGGUGGUCCGUGAUGCCAACGGAAACUCGGCUAAAAAGGCGCUCUUUCUGAUCGGUUUCCUGAUCCCCUGCAUUGCCAUCGUCAUCUGCUACGUGGGCAUCUUCCUCGUCAUCGUAUUGUCGGACCGCAGAAUGCGUCGCCACAGCGUGAAGGCCGGUGUCAAGGAAACCACCCAGCAGAAGAAAUCCAGGGAGGAGCGCCGGCGCAAAAACGAGAUGCGCAUCACCAGGAUGUCGCUGGUGAUCUUCCUGACGUUCCUGCUUUGCUACCUGCCCGUCACCGUAUCCAAGAUCAAAGAUCCGUUCGUCAAGUACCCAGGUCUGCACAUCCUGGGCUACAUAUUGUGCUACUUCUCCGCCUGUGUCAACCCCAUUAUCUACGUCAUCAUGAGCAAGCAGUACCGACAGGCGUACAAGACGGUGCUGUUCUGCCGCCGCCCUCGCCUCUUCUCGGACAGUUCCAUGCAGUCGAAGGAAAGCAAGUCGCGCGACGGGGUGAUGGGCUCGCGUACCUACAUGUCCCAGGUCUCCAACGACAGCGUGUCCGGCGGCACAGCCAUGGAGGAGCUGCCGGACGUGUUUCCCGACCCCAAAGACAACCGGAAGUGAGCGACAUCCGGCCGGAAGUGGGCUACUUCCGGUCGAGUUCCGGGUGUGUCGAUGGCGUCACCUCCGAGCUGGACCACAGCUGGAGGACAGAGGAGUUGGAGCUUAGUGAGAGGACAGACAAUGCGAGCACCAGGUGGCACAGAACGCCAGCAAACGCUGACACACAACGGGGUGACGUCACUACUGGUCACUAUCACGUCACUGAUCGCGAGUGUCAUCGGAGCGAUCAAGGGGUUACUUAAAAAUGCGUGAUUGUUGGACUGGAACGCCCAUUGCUGACUGGCAAAGUGAUUGCGUUUGCGAGGGUGAAUGUUAAUCGCUGAGUUGAGUGUGUACGAGAAACUAUUUUUGCGUUUCUCAUUGAAUAAGAACUAAAAGCAGGGCGAGCAUGCACUGCUUAUUGUCGAUAGGCAAACACGCUAUGGCGGCAUUUAUGCGGGCAUUGAAAAAUGUUUCACAUUUCCGCUCAGUAUGCACAAGUUUUGAUGCUGAGUAGUGAGUUUGGUUUAUACGUUGCGUCAUUUUCCGCCCAUCGCUUGCUUUUAAAGUUGAUGUGUAUUGUGUGUUGAUAAUGAACAACAAAUUGCAGAAGGAAUGGCGAACCCGUCGACAACAAAAUGCUGAUACCGCUAUGUGAUAUCUGUGCUUGGUGUAAUUAGGAUAUAUCGAGUGAGAUUCGUUUAGAGGGAUGCGUGUUAUGACAAUCAGUGUUUAGUAUUGUUAGACAUAUUGAUAAAAUCUGAUGGCCAAUAGUUGCAAACCAAAAUGGUAAUUAAAAUUUAAAUCUUCUUGUAUUUUAUGUAAGAUUUGUAUUUUAUAUGAAAUACAAAAAUAUUUAUAUUUUAAUUAUCAUUUUGGUUUGCAACUAUUGACCAUCAGAUUUUAUAAACAAUCAGCGUUGUCUGAUGAGUGUGCAGGCCCAGACGAGGACAUCAUACAAGAGGUGCCUACUAGAGCACUUCACGGAUAGGCUUUUUAGGAUCCGGCCCGGCCCAUAUCCGGCAAGUCAUAUCCAGAUCCGCCCAUUAUCCGCCUUUCUUUGAAUAUCAGAAUCCGGCCCACCGAUUGGCCCGUAUUGCAGCCAAACUUCAAAAAAAUAUCCGUAAUAAUCCGUUUCACCAAUAACUGGUUUCACCCAAAACUGGACUAACAAAUUCAAUCUAAGGGACCAGACAGCCAUACAUCUCAUAGACCAUCAUGGUUCCAAAAACCAUGCAUACAUUGCAUACAUUAUUCACUUGAAGACAAGUCUUGUGACAAGUGAGUGUCAUAAAAUGAUGCCUAUUACUUUAAUCAAACCUCUGCUGCCCCUUAACACAUUAGAUUAAUUUUUAACUUCAAUGUUGAAUGUUAAAAUUUUGAUCCGUUUUGAUCCGGGUUCAACCUUCAAUUCCCAAAUCCGGCCCGCCCAUAUCCGUUCUUUUUUAACCCUCGCCCGUAAACGGCGAUCUGCCACCUUCGCCCAUGCAGGGGGGGUUGGUGCGACCCCCCCCUUGGCGUUUGAAAACGGAGCGUCGUAGAGCUUAGCGGAAAAAACCAACGGAUUGCUGUCAACGAGAUCUCGCGAUUGGUGGUAUAUUUUUUGGUCCUAGGUCAACAUUUGACCUACUUUUGACCGGUCAAAGGUCAAAUUUUCGGAAAAAUAGACUUUUUCAAAUUUUCCGCGGCGAUUGCGGCAAAACGGUGGGCGAUAUCGACUUGAAACCUUCACUAUCGUGUUCCUUGAUCAAUUCUCUAUCGUUUGGUAUGUAUUUCGUUUCCCUAGCUCUAAAAAUGGCGCGUUGGGAGCGCCGGAAGUCGGCAAGGUCACAGUCGGCGGCAGAAAUUCGAAAAAUCAAAAUUUAAAUUUUUGAAAUCUGAUUGUAUUUUUGGAUUUGGGAUGUCCAUUUGCUCCCUAUAGAAGCUAAUAUUGCUGCAUAUUCCCAUUGAGGUGACAAGAAUUAGCAAAAUAGUGGUUCGGGCGCUUUUCAAAAAUAGUACCGGACGCUGUUCCUCUUGUGACGUCAUAGCUCCGUGACCUGACCUGACCCGGUCAAGUUUCUUAUACCAUAUGAUAGCCAAUACUUGCCCCAACAUGCAUGGGAAGUUUCAUCACGAUCCAUCAACCGAUGUCCGUACCACCGGCAGGAAACCUCGGGCGUUGGCACUCAGUUUGUGAAAAUCCGGCCGGAGGCUGUUCCCUUUGUGACGUCAUAACUCCAUGACCUGACAUGACCCGGUCAAAUUUUUUUUUAUCAAAAGAUGCGCAAGGCUUGCCCCAUAAGGUACCCAAAAUUUGGCGGCGCUGCGCGCCGCCGUUUUUGCACUAUUUCCGAAAAACCUCAGGGGGGGGGUUGCACCAACCCCCCCCCCCUACAUGGGCGAGGGUUAACAAAUUUAGAAUCCAAUCCUAUCCGGUCCGCGGAUUUAUCCGUGGAUAACGGAUUUAUCCGGCCCAUGAAGUGCUCUAGUGCCUACAGUGCCGUUAGUGCUUAGUGCUGUCUUUACCAUGCUCUUUAAUCGUUUUUUAAUCGUUUAUUUUUACUUUGCUUUGUCGACUAUGAAAUGAAGAUUUACCAUGAUAUACCUACUAUGCUUUCCUAUGAGGCUCAGUCAUUCUUCGUGCACAAUGAACAGAAGAAGACUUCGA